UGGGGGACUUCGAGAAGAUCUGGAGGGAGCACUGUGAGGACGAGGAGACGCUCUGUGAGUACGCCGUCGCCAUGAAGAACCUGGCGGAUAGCCACUGGGCCAAGACCUGCGAGGGCGAGGGCCGCAUCGAGUGGUGCUGCAGUGUGUGUAGAGAAUAUUUCCAGAAUGGUGGAAAGAAAAAAGCACUUGAAAAAGAUGAGAAAAGAGCUGUACUCACCAGUAAGACCGCUCCAGCCUUAAACACGCGCGAGUCUUCUAAACUUGAAGGUCCGUUAACCAACCUCGCUUUUACAAACCCUGAAUUUAUAACUGAGUUGCUCCAAGCCUCAGGAAAGAUCAGAUUACUUGAUGUUGGCAGCUGCUUUAACCCAUUUUUGAAAUUUGAAGAAUUUCUAACUGUUGGCAUAGACAUUGUACCUGCUGUGGAGAGCGUGUAUAAAUGUGAUUUCCUGAACCUACAGCUCCAGCAGCCGCUCCAGCUCGCACAGGACGCUAUAGAUGCUUUUCUGAAGCAGCUGAAGAACCCUAUUGAUUCUCUGCCUGGCGAACUUUUCCAUGUGGUGGUUUUCUCUCUCCUUCUUUCGUAUUUUCCUUCACCCUACCAGCGAUGGAUUUGCUGCAAGAAAGCUCAUGAAUUACUAGUGUUAAAUGGUUUAUUACUGAUCAUCACGCCUGAUUCUUCUCACCAGAACCGCCAUGCUAUGAUGAUGAAAAGCUGGAAGAUCGCUAUAGAGUCCCUGGGCUUUAAACGGUUCAAGUAUUCAAAGUUUUCACACAUGCAUUUGAUGGCAUUUAGGAAGAUCUCCCUAAAAACCACAAGUGACUUGGUUAGUAGGAACUACCCAGGGAUGUUGUAUAUUCCUCAAGAUUUCAACAGUGUGGAAGAUGAGGAGUAUUCUAACCCUUCGUGCUACGUUCGAUCAGAUAUAGAAGAUGAACAGCUGGCAUACGGUUUCACAGAGCUUCCUGACGCCCCGUACGACUCAGAUUCCGGAGAAAGUCAAGCCAGUUCUGUUCCUUUCUAUGAGCUCGAGGAUCCCAUAUUACUUCUAAGUUAAUAUGAAAGGAAAAGGCCCUUUCAGUCCAGACUCCGAAACUAAUUGCUUACACUAAUUGGAAAUACUAACAUGAACUCAGUACUUAAAACCUGGUUUGCAUAGCAGAAAUGCAAAGGUUUACAGAGUUUGCUAUUUUUUUCUACUUCUGGAUUUUACAAUUUAUUCUUAUAUAGAAAGCUUAAAGUUUCAUGCAGAGUGACUCCUGUCGUAGCAGCAACCACUGUUACUUUAGCGUUUCACACUAAGACAUAGAAAGGUACCUUCGUUUCUCUUUAGUGCUGUUGUGACAGUGAAGCAUAAUUCGCUGUGUAUUUUUGUUUCCUUCAGUUGUUCAUUGUGGACUUUAAGCUGUUGCAACGGGAAACUUUAAGAAAUGUAGAGAGCUGUAGAUUGCACUUUGUUGCCUCCUAAGUUGAAUAUGAUACAUAGGUUGGUUUAGUUGUUCGUGAUGCACUUACCUUUGUCUCUUUUUCUAACUAAAUUGUUAUCUAAUAUGGAAAGCUGUUCUCCAUUCAGUUUUGUCUGAUGAUCCAGUAUUUCCUGACCUUUCUGGAAUUGCUGAUAACCCUUCUUCCUUUUCUUCUUCUAUCCAGCUCAUGUGGGAGCAUCAGACUUUGGGGAAGAUACUUCCCCCGAAGUAUGUAUUCUCCUUUCCUUAGCACAGUACAAGAAACACCAUUGCCAGAGUGGUAUUUUCAUAACUUUCUUGUUGAUUUGGGCCUUGGUGUUAAACAUACUUAUCUGUGAGAGUUCACUUUUACUUGUUUUAAAAUUUAGGUUGCAUUUACAAAAUGUUCUAUUUAAGCAAGGAACGAUGUAUAAUACUCAAUACUGACGGAAAACACCUUUGUGAAAGGGUUUGCACUUGUAAGAGAGUUUAUGUUGUGUUGAGACCGACUUCCAUAGGGUACCCACCUUUCCACUAAGGAGGUCUGCACUACAGGUUUGGAAUUAUAUAGCAAAAUUUAAAAUUAACCCUCUGCUGAAAAUCUCAUGAAAUGGUUUUGACCUUAUGGUAUUCUAAUUUCUUUCUAAACCCUAGCAGAAAAUUUUUCUUUGAAUGUGUAAACCAUCAGUUGGCUGUGGGAAUUUUCCCUUUCCACGUUGAUAAAUGCCUUUCUAUGUUUCUGAAUCAGAAGCAGAUGAUUACGGAGAAACAGAUGUCCAAACAAGACAAGUUUAAACUUCUAGAAACGUUUAGUCCAUGUUGUCUUGUCAGCCAGCAAUUGUCAUGUAUACUAUCAUUUUUAAGAGUGCCACUGUGUGGAUUUUUUUUCAAGUGGUUAGUACAUUAAACUUACCUCAUACUGAGGUUUUUGCACUGAAAUAUCACAGUUUCAGAUUUCAUGGUUAAUGUGUGUGUGUGUGUGUGUGUGCGUGUAUGUGCAUGUGUGUGUGUGUGUGUGUAUGUGUGUAUUUUUAAAGGAAACUUGCAUUUUCAAUAGUUGAUCCUAAAUUUCAUAAACUGCACUUCCUUACUCUGGUAAAACUGAUGUAUUGUGCUUCUUGUGAAUUGCUGUAGUUAACUUUGAAUGUCAGAUUUUAUUUAGAAAUACAAAAUUGAUUCUCAAGAUAUAAAUGGUUGAGUGUGUGUACCUAGUAUUUCAAAUGAAAUUUCACAUGCUAAAUUAAUGACGGUAAUGAGAUUGUAUAAUAUAGACAGAGUCAGUGACCAAAUGCAGUAAAUAUUGGUUGCUCAAAUAGGCCAUGAGUAACUUAAAAUUUUUCAUUUACUUUCAAUAGCAUACAAUUCCUCACUAAGGGGAGCUGACUUCUUUCCAGUCAAGCGCUACAGGAUCAUGUCUUGUGCCUCCAUGAAAACAAAAACAAAACUUAAAAACGGUGUAUGGAGAAUAAUUCACAAUUGUGUUUUGGAAAUACUCCUUUUGCCAAACUGUUUUCUUUAUUUGGCUAAUCUAAUCCUAAAAGCAAAGAAAACAAUACACAAGUGAAAGUGCUUUGAAAUUAAAUGAAAGCGGUGGUUUUGGAAGGUUGGUCUAAGGAUGAGCAGUGGGGCGGCCUUUGUGUUACAGCUAUAAUGUUGGUGCUAUAAAAUUUUCUGAUUGUUUACAGAUGUUGAUUCUGCUUAUGCUCCAAACUGUGCAUGAUGUAUUUUAAGUAGUACUUCAAAGAAGAAAAGCUUGUUAUAAAACCUACUACCACUUAAAUUUAUUGACUAUAAAUUCAGUUUACUCAAAUUUGGUUCAUACAGGAUUUAACCCAACUCAUAUCCCACCAAAGCCAGUUCAGUGUCCAUACUGAAAUUUAUAGGCAGUCAUUGUGGCUUGGUGCCACAUCACAUGUAUGAUCACAAAUGAAGUUAACAGGGCCUUUUAAUGCUGUAUGGGUACUCUUAAGAAUUAUUUCAUUUGGAUAUAAAGAAGUUAAGGGCCCUCCUGUCCUGUUCACAUUAAUUUCUCCAAAAUAAUUUGGCAUUUCGAAAACAAAUGAUAAUCAUAUGGUUGGAUCCUUCAGGAUUGUGAAGAGAUCUUGUGGUUUUACUAUUGUUGCCAAGUGGUGGGAGGUAGUGUACCUGAAAAUGUAUGUUUGUGUUUGUUGUAUUUUUUCACAUUUUGUGAACAAAGCACAUUUAUUAAAAAUUUUAAAUUUUCUAGUA